AUCGUUCUCCGCAAUCUGUUCUAGGUACACUCCUGAUCACUGAAUUAGUCAGCUCUGUCAGCGAUUCCCAUGUUCACGAUUAAAAACACGCGAUCGUAGUCGUCCACCUUGCUUUUUAUCCGGGGCCCCUUCGUCCCUCCCAAUGUCCGCGUCAGCAUCCGCAUCCCGAUCUCGCCGCGAUUUUCGCUUCUGCAUUGAUCGCGGAGGCACAUUCACCGACAUUUACGCCGAGGUUCCCGGCGAGCCGCCCUUCCGCGUAGUUAAACUCCUCUCCGAGGACCCUCUUAACUACGAUGACGCGCCUCGGGAAGGCAUUCGCCGGAUCCUCGAAGAGGUCACUGGCGAGAAGAUUCCGCGAAACACCCCGCUUCCUACGGAGCGUAUCGAUUGGAUCCGCAUGGGGACCACCGUGGCGACAAACGCGCUGCUGGAGCGCGCGGGCGAACGGAUGGCUCUCUGCGUGACACGUGGCUUUCCGGAUCUGCUGCGGAUCGGCAACCAGGCGCGGCCGCGUAUCUUCGAUCUGACGGCUCGGCGCGCCUCGCUGCUCUAUGAGGAGGUGGUGGAGGUGGAGGAGCGCGCGCAGGUGCUGCCGGGGAAAGAGGCGCAGGGGGAAGGCAGGGGGAACGGGGACGGAGGGGAGGAGGGGGAAGGUGGGGGAAAGGCGGAGGCCGGGGGGAAAGGGGAGGAGGGCCAAGCGGAUGGGGAUGAGGCGGGGAAGCGCACGGUACGGGGAGUCUCGGGGGAAUUAGUGCGCGUCCUAGUGCCGCUUAACAUUGAGAAGACUCGAGCCGCGCUGGAGAAAGUGUUGGCACGUGGCAUUAAGUCAUUGGCCAUCGCUUUCCUCCACUCGUACACAUUCCCGGAUCAUGAACGCGCCGUUGCGGCUUUAGCGCGGGAUAUGGGCUUUAAUCAAGUCUCUGCCUCGAGCGAGCUCGUUCCAAUGGUCAGGAUCGUGCCACGUGGACAUACCGCCUGCGUGGACGCGUAUCUAACCCCCGCUAUACGCACCUACGUGGGGAAGUUCCUAGCGGGGUUUGACUCGGGACUUGCUGACGUGGCAGUGUCGUUUAUGCGGUCCGAUGGGGGGUUGACUCCAGCCCAAGCCUUCACGGGUUACCAAGCCAUCCUGUCAGGUCCGGCGGGGGGCGUGGUUGGGUUUGCCCGAACCACAUUCGAGUUCGAGGUUCGGGAGAUGGAAGGUCUGGAAGGUCUCAUAUCUGACGUCAGCAGCAGCAGCAACGGAAGCAACCGCAAUGAUAAGGACAAGGAAAAGGACGAUCCUGCUGAUGCUGGUACAGCCGCAGCGGGAACGCUGAGGUGUCGUCCUGUGAUUGGCUUUGACAUGGGCGGCACAUCCACUGACGUGUCGCGAUACGCAGGGGGGGCGUACGAGCAGGUUCUAGAAACCACCACCGCCGGAAUCACCAUCCAGGCCCCCCAGCUCGACAUCAACACUGUAGCAGCGGGCGGCGGCUCUCGUCUUUUCUUCGAGUCGGGCAUGCUGCGCGUGGGGCCCGCAUCAGUGGGAGCCCACCCCGGGCCGGUCUGCUACAGGAAAGGCGGGCAGCUGGCGGUGACAGAUGCCAACCUGCUAUUGGGCCGCGUGCUGCCCGGAUAUUUUCCCGCCAUUUUCGGGCCGAACGAGGACCUCCCAUUGGACGACCAGGCGGCGAGGGAAGCCAUGGCUGAGCUGGCAGAAGAGGUGAACCGAGGGAUGGGGGGGAGCGAGGGGGGAGAACGGGGAGAUGGGGAGAAGGGGGAGAGGGAGAGGGAGGGUGCGGGAAAGCAGGGGGGAAUGUCGGUGGAGGAGGUGGCAAUGGGGUUCAUCCGCGUGGCCAACGAGGCCAUGUGCCGGCCAAUCAGGGAGCUCACCGAAGCCCGGGGCCACGAGACCAGCACUCACGUCCUCGCGUGCUUCGGCGGCGCGGGGCCGCAGCACGCGUGCGCGAUAGCCCGGUCCCUCGGGAUCUCCACAGUGUUUGUGCACCGGCUGUGCGGGAUAUUAAGUGCGUAUGGCAUGGGGCUGGCUGAUCGGGUGGUGGAGGUGCAGGAGCCCGCUGCUGAGGUGUGCGACGGGGAGAGCAUGCCACGUGUGCUGGAGCGGGCAUGGAGGAUGGAGGUGCAAGUGAGGGAGGCGCUUUGUGGCGGGGGGAAGGGGGGGGGAGGGAAACAAGGAGGGGAGGGGGAAGGGGGAGGAGGGGGAGAGACGGAAGGGGGUGCGGCGGGGGUGUGGACCCAGAUGCUGCUGAACCUGAGAUACGACGGCACCGAUACAGCGCUCAUGGUAGAGGCACCGCCCUCACAAACUCCCAGCUCAGACGCCCUGCCAUCAGCCGGUCUCCCGGGCGGCCACCCAGCAGCGUCGUUUGACUUCCUCGGUGCGUUCAAGCGCCGCUUCGAGCGCGAGUUUGGGUUCGACCUGCAGGGCGCCCGGCGCGUGCUGGUGGACGAUAUCCGCGUGAAAGGGGUGGCGCCGUCUGGCGUGCUGCAGCAGACGGAUAUACCCAGGGCGCAGGGCGGUAAAGGGGGAGCAGGCGUGGUGGCAGGGGUGGUGGCAGGAGUGGUGGCAGCAGGGGCAGCAGAGGCGGAAGCAGUGCAGCACCGGGUGUACUUCGAGGGGGGGUGGCAGCAGACAACGGUGUAUCGGCUAGAGAAAUUGCGGUGGGGGCACGUGGUGGCCGGGCCAGCUGUGAUUCUGAAUGGGAAUAGCACGGUUGUGGUGGAGCCCGGGUGCAGGGCAGGGAUCACCAAGUAUGGCAACAUUGUCAUUGCUGUGCCGCCCACUGCGCAUCCGACUGGUGCAGAGGCAGUAGCUGCAAAUGCUGAGCCAACAUCACUAGGUGCAGCGUCCGCAGCAGCGUCAGCAGCAGCGUCAACAACUACAGCCCCCUCCCAGCCACUGCCAGACCCCCCUGCAUCCCCCGCAGUCCCCCCUGCACCCCCCUCAGUCCCCCCUGCAUCUCCCUCAGUCCCCUGGGACGUGGUGCGGCUGUCCAUCUUCGGCAACCGCUUCAUGGGCAUCGCAGAGCAGAUGGGGCGCACCCUCCAGCGCACGGCCAUCUCCACCAACAUCAAGGAACGCCUCGACUUCUCCUGCGCCCUCUUCUCCCCCGACGGGGGCCUCGUGGCCAACGCGCCCCAUGUGCCCGUGCACCUGGGUGCCAUGUCGGAUACGGUGCGCUGGCAGCUGGGGUACUGGGUGAGAGGGGAGGGGGUGCGGGAAGGGGGGUUGAAUGAAGGGGAUGUGCUUGUAACGAAUCAUCCGUGCGCCGGGGGGAGUCACCUGCCGGAUAUUACGGUGGUGACGCCGGUGUUUCGCGAGGGGAGGGUGAUUUUCUUCGUGGCAAGCCGGGGGCACCAUUCGGAGAUCGGGGGGAGCACCCCCGGGAGCAUGCCGCCGUUUUCGAGGAGCAUUUGGGAGGAAGGGGCGGCGAUCCGCACGAUGAAGCUGGUGAAGGGGGGCGUGUUUCAGGAGGAAGCGAUCCGAGAGGUGCUGCUGAAAGGGCAGGUGUUGGAAGGGGUGAUGGCCGGUGGAGGAGGCGGAGGCGGGGAGGGGGGUGGAGAUGGAGACGCAGCAGGAGAGGGUGGGAAAUUUGUGAGGCGUGUGCCAGGCACGCGCCGCAUAGAGGACAACCUAUCUGACCUGCGCGCACAAGUGGCAGCGAACCGGCGGGGCAUCGAGCUGAUUGGCGAGCUGGUGGAGGAGUGCGGGCUGGAAACGGUGCAAGCUUAUAUGGGGUACGUGCAGGUGAAUGCGGAGCAGGUGGUGCGCCGCAUGCUCACCCGCACCGCCCUGAAGCACCUGGAGAGCCAGAAGCAGGCUUCCCAGGAAGAUGACACACUGGGUGAAGGGCAGAAAGAGGGUGCUGAUGCAGAGAAUGGGGAGCAAGUGGGAGUACCUAUGGGUGGAGCAAGUGAGGACCAAGUGGCGGUGCUGCAGGGGGAGGAUCGCAUGGACGACGGCUCCUUGAUCCGCCUGCGCAUUGCCAUCCACCCGUCCUCCGGCUCAGCGCACUUUGACUUCUCCGGCACGAGUCCCGAGGUCUACGGCAACUGGAACGCGCCCACCGCCGUCACCACUGCUGCCAUCAUCUAUUGCCUGCGCUGCCUCGUGGACUCGGAUAUCCCCCUCAACCAGGGGUGUCUUGCGCCCAUAAGAAUCACCCUCCCGCUGCAUUCGCUGCUGUCGCCGAGUGACACUGCUGCUGUGGUGGGCGGCAAUGUGCUGACUUCGCAGCGGGUGACGGAUAUUAUUCUGGCAACUUUUGCUGCGGCGGCGAAUUCCCAGGGGUGCAUGAACAACCUUACCUUUGGCGACGGCACUUUCGGGUACUAUGAGACGAUUGCCGGGGGGGUGGGGGCCGGGCCGACCUGGCAGGGGGAGGACGGGGUGCAGAGCCACAUGACCAACACCCGGAUCACCGACCCCGAGGUGCUUGAGCGGCGCUACCCGGUGCUUCUGAGAAGGUUCCGGCUGCGUCAGGGGAGUGGGGGGGGCGGGGAGAGGAGAGGAGGGCAUGGGGUGGAGCGGGAGGUCCAGUUCUUGCGGCCCGCGACUGUCAGCAUGCUGUCUGAGCGGAGGGUGUUGGCACCGAAUGGGGCCAUGGGGGGGGGGUAUGUGCCGAGUGCUGAGGCGAGCUGGCCUAAGUUCAGUUGCGAGGAGGAAGGGUAGUAGGGGGGGAGAGGCGUGAUGAAGUCAGGUGGGAUGGUGGGAAGGGUUGAAGUGACCUGCAUGAGAGGAGCAAGUGGCAGGGUGCACAAGGGCCAGAAAUUCAUGGCAGUGAAAGGGAGUUUAUGUGGGUGUAAGAGCCAAUAGCUGAGGUGAGCUGGCCUGGUAAGUUCUGCUGGACUGAACAAGAACCGGGGUGGUUUCCACUACAAAACAUGGGCUGGCUAGCAUCCCUCAACAGGCCUUGCAAGAAUUUCAGCGUCUCGGCUCUGAAUUGGGGCUUGGCAGAAUUCUUACCAUGUUUUGUACCAUAACGGGAUUCACGUGAACCAAGCAAGCAAGUUACUUGAGUUA